AGCGUUACAUCCAUUCGAGAUAGUCGCCUUUAAUAUGAACGUGCUACUCGUAAUAUUGUUAAACCUACUAUUCCUUUGUGGUACGAACUGCGUACGUAAUAAAUACAAGAGGUCGCGUCAAUGGAAAUUAUUCGGCUACAACAUUGACGGAGUUAUAUAUACGAGUGAUUCGGACUUUGAACACAAACGAGGUUCAUUUACAUUUAAAGAUGAACUGCUGGAAGAUCACGAAAAAAUUUUGAUUCGAAAGAACUUAGUUCCGAACCACAUCAACUAUCUCUUUCGUACAAUAAUACCUAUUCCUAGGACAAGGCCUGCGCCUGCCACCGGAGUAGAGUUCAUCCAUACUACCUGGAGUCACUGCGUUCAUCCACAGUGCGUUUCCAGAGAUUUUUCGUACCAUCCGGCCUUGGAAUGCCUUCCCUUCCACGGUGUUUUCCGAGCGCUAUGACUUGUCCUUCUUCAAACGAGGCUUGUGGAGAGUACUCAAUGGUAGGCAGCGGCUUGGCUCUGCCCCUGGCAUUGCUGAAGUCCAUGGGCGACGGUAACCACUCACCAUCAGGUGGGCCGUAAGCUCGUCUGCCUACAAGGGCAAUAAAAAAGAAAAGAAAAAGAAA